GUGUACUUCAAAAAGCAAAAUAGAGAAGUGUGAUCUUUAAAUAUGUUGGAUUUGUUUACUAUUUUUAGUAAAGGAGGCAUCGUUUUAUGGUGCUUCCAGAGCACGUCCCAGUUAUUCACGCCGUCUGUGAAUGCUUUAAUCAGAAAUGUUAUUUUACAGGAACGUACUGGAGUGCAUACUUUUGAUCACAACGGUCUCUCCUUGCAAUAUAAGCUGGACAAUGAGUUCGACCUCGUGUUUGUUGUCGCUUAUCAAAAAAUAUUACAGUUGUCUUAUAUAGACAAAUUUUUAAAUGAUAUUCAUUUGGAGUUCAGAGAUAAGUACAAGAAUGAAUUAACUGAUGGCAAACACUGUCAAGAGUAUGAUUUUGCUGAUUGUUAUAAUGCCACUCUUAAAUCAGCGGAAAUGUGGUCUAAAAAGCAGGCCACAAUUCCCAAACAAAUGCGGACUUUCGACGAAUCCGCCAAAUCGAAGAAAACGGUUGCUUCCAUGAUAGAGAGAAAAGGAGAAGAGAAGCCUGAGAAACCUGUUAAAAAGAAAGAAGUCAAUUUUGCUGAUGAGAAGAACAUCAGCGCGCCUAGCUCACCAAAACCCCAACAAAAUGGUCUGGAUGAGGAAACUUUGGCUGCCAAUAGAGCCAAAUUUGCUCAGAAAAUGAGCAAAAAGAAAACUGACAAUAAAAAGUCUCCCAAAAGUCCCAAGAGUCCAUCUGAAAAGGCUGGAAAGAAACCGAGGGUUUGGGAAUUGAGUGGGUCAAAUAAAGAUCUUGAGUCACUGGAGAGGACAACAGAUAGACCAGAGGAUGCAAAAAGUCACUUCACACCAGAUACUGAGAUUGUUGGCCAAAUGAAGGGAAUAAUAAAAGAUAUAGAAGUUGAAUCCUCUGAUGAGGAGUAUGAAGAAGAAGAACAUGAGGCUGAAUCUAAAUCAAAACAGAGUAAAGGAGGAAUGUUCUCAAUUUUCAAAACGUUGGUCGGCUCGAAAAGUCUCACAGCUUCGGACAUGGCACCCGCUUUAGACAAAAUGAAGGACAUGCUGAUUGCGAAAAAUGUUGCCGCCGAUAUUGCGUUGAAACUAUGCGAUUCCGUUGCCGCAAAGCUGGAAGGAAAAGUAUUGGGUACUUUUGAGAGUGUCGCGUCGACCGUUAAAAAUACUUUGAACGAAUCUUUGGUGCAGAUUUUAAGUCCAAAACGUCGCGUAGAUAUUUUGAGAGACUGUCUAGAAGCUCAGAAACAAAACAGGCCAUAUGUUAUGGCUUUUUGUGGUGUGAAUGGUGUUGGCAAGUCGACCAACUUGGCCAAGAUAUGUUUUUGGCUUAUUGAAAAUAAUUUGAGGGUGCUUAUUGCAGCCUGUGAUACUUUCAGAGCUGGAGCUGUGGAACAAUUGAGAACCCACAUGAGGCAUUUGAAUGCAUUACAUCCACCAGAGAGGCACUCUGGAAGACAAAUGGUACAACUUUAUGAAAAGGGCUAUGGUAAGGAUGCUGCUGGUAUUGCCAUGGAGGCUAUUAAGUUUGCUAGGGAUUCGAAAAUCGAUGUCGUUUUGGUUGAUACUGCAGGAAGGAUGCAGGAUAAUGAACCACUGAUGAGAGCACUGACAAAGUUGAUUAAAGUAAAUGAGCCUGAUCUAGUACUAUUUGUUGGUGAAGCACUUGUGGGCAAUGAAGCUGUGGACCAGUUGGUUAAAUUUAAUCAAGCAUUGGCUGAUUAUUCAUCUAGUACUAAUCCUCACAUGAUUGAUGGAAUAGUGCUGACUAAAUUUGAUACUAUAGAUGAUAAGGUGGGAGCGGCUAUUUCAAUGACUUACAUUACAGGUCAGCCAAUAGUGUUUGUUGGCACAGGACAAACUUAUACGGAUUUGAAGGCAUUGAAUGCUAAGGCAGUUGUACACGCUUUGAUGAAGUAAUUUUAUAUAUUUUUGUAUUCUUUACACGCGUAACGGUAUUUUUCGGUAUUGUAAAUAUUUAUGUGGUUUAUAAUGUAUCAUAAUUAAUUUUUUUUAUAUGUAUUGUUUUGUAAAAAUUGGUUAAAUUUAUUACUAGAGGAUUAGUUCCUUUUAAACCGAAAUAUCUAUUGUCUAUUUACAGUUUGUUGCAUUAUUUGUAAAUAUAAAUUGCGGUUUGUCAUCUUUUUAUAAUACUUUAUUUUGUAAGUUGGUCUUUCUUUAAUAUAUUUUGUUAAAUUGA